GAAGAAUUAACUCUGUCCUUCAUCAAAGAUAGCCUUGAGAAGAGUGACCAGCUCACAAAGAACAUGGUUGCUAUCCUCUCCUCCUUUGAAAGUCGUUUGAUGAAGCUGGAGAACUCCAUCAUCCCAGUCUAUAAACAGACAGAGAACCUGCAGCGCUUGCAGGAGAAUGUGGAGAAGACCCUGUCCUGCUUGGAUCAUGUCAUCAGUUACUACCAUGUGGCUAAGGACACAGAGAAGAUCAUAAAGGAAGGCCCCACUGGGAGGCUGGAGGAAUACUUGAAUUGCAUGGACAAAAUCCAGAAGGCAGUGGAAUAUUUCCAGGACAACAAUCCUGACAGCCCGGAGCUGAACCGUGUGAAAUCCCUCUUUGAGAGGGGCAAGGAGUCCCUGGAGUCGGAGUUCCGCAGCCUGAUGACCCGACACACCAAGCCAGUGCCACCCAUCCUCAUCCUGGACCUGAUCAGUGGGGAUGAUGAGAUGGAGCCUCAGGAGGAGAUGUUUCUGGAGCACCUCCCAGAGGGUGUCCUGCAUGAUAUCAUCCGCAUUUCUGGCUGGCUGGUGGAAAAUGGCAGGAAUCAAGAUUUCAUGACAGUUUACUUCCAAAUCCGCUCGGUCCAACUUGACCGCUCCAUCAAGGGGCUGAAGGACCAUUUCCGUAAGAACAGCUCCUCCACAGGGGUUCCCUAUUCCCCUGCCAUCCAGAACAAAAGGAAGGACACUCCCACCAAGAAGCCAGUCAAGAGACCAGUCCUCAUCCCAGGUCAUGAGCAUGACUUACGGGUUAAACACCUUUCCGAUGCCCUGAGUGACAAGCAUGGGCCAGCUGCUGGGAGGGACGACGUCUUUGACAUCGAGAUCGACGCGUACAUUCACUGUGUUAGUGCCUUUGUCAAACUAGCCCAGAGCGAGUACCAGCUCCUGACAGACAUCGUCCCUGAGCACCACCAGAAGAAGACCUUUGAUUCUCUCAUCCAGGAGUCACUGGAUAACUUGAUUAUGGAGGGGGAUAACAUUGUCUCAGCUGCCCGCAAAGCCAUCAUCCGACAUGACUAUUCAGCUGUGCUCACAAUCUUCCCCAUCCUUAAGCAUCUGAAGCAGAUGAAGCCAGAGUUUGACCAGGUCUUGCAGGGAACUGCAGCAGGCACCAAGAACAAACUGCCAGGGCUGAUCACUUCCAUGGAGACCACUGGUGCGAAGGCAUUGGAAGAGUUUGCAGACAACAUCAAGAAUGAUCCAGACAAGGAAUAUAACAUGCCAAAAGAUGGGACAGUUCAUGAACUCACCAGCAAUGCCAUCCUUUUCCUCCAGCAAUUGUUGGAUUUCCAGGAGACAGCGGGUGCCAUGCUGGCAUCACAAGAGACCAGCUCUUCAGCUAGUAGUUACAGCUCAGAGUUCAGUAGGCGGCUGCUGAGCACCUACAUCUGCAAAGUGCUGGGCAACUUGCAGCUUAACCUUCUCAGUAAAUCCAAGGUUUAUGAAGACCCAGCUUUGAGUGCCAUUUUCCUGCACAACAACUACAACUACAUUCUGAAAUCUCUGGAGAAGUCUGAGCUGAUCCAGUUGGUAGCUGUAACACAGAAGACAGCUGAGAGGUCUUACCGGGAGCUCAUUGAGCAGCAGAUCCAGACCUACCAGCGCAGCUGGCUGAAGGUGACAGAUUACAUCUUAGAGAGAAACCUGCCUGUAUUUCAACCAGGAGUGAAGCUCAAGGAUAAGGAGAGGCAGAUGAUAAAGGAGCGCUUUAAGGGAUUCAAUGAUGGGCUGGAGGAGCUGUGUAAGAUCCAGAAGGCCUGGGCAAUUCCAGACAUGGAGCAACGGGACAAAAUCCGCCGGGCACAGAAAACCAUUGUGAAAGAGACCUAUGGUGCCUUCUUGAACAGAUAUGGCAAUGUGCCCUUCACCAAGAACCCUGAGAAGUACAUCAAAUACCAGGUUGACCAGGUUGGGGAGAUGAUUGAGAAGCUGUUUGACACCUCAGCAUGAAUCUCUAGCUGUCAUUAUACAAGUCAGCACACUCUUGGUGACCUUUGGGACUCCCUUUGCUCCCCCCCUGCCCCGUUGUGGUGGGCAGGGUGUUAUACUUGUAUUUAUCAGAUUUAUAAACCUGUGGAAGCACU